AUGUCAAGCGAAGAAUGCAAACACUCCGUUGUUAUUAACUAUUCUUGCGUGCAAUGCGGUAAACCAAUGGAUCAGACAUAUCUUGACAAGAAUUAUGUUCGCGCAGAUCCAAAUUCUUCAGUUGUUAUGAUUUCAUUUGAAGAAGCAAGGAACAGAAAUCUUCAAGAAGAACAGAGGCUUAUAGACGCUAAGAAAUUAUCUCUUGUUAUUGACUUGGAUAAGACACUUAUCGAUACAACAGAAGUCCGCGAUCAUAGUGAAGUCGAAGCAAUUAAAAAACUAGACCCUCAUGCAACAGAAGAUGACUUCUUUGAAUUCAAUAUGAAUCAAAACUUACUUAUUCGUUACCGCCCACAUGUUAGGGAAUUUUUAGCAUCAAUUGCUCCAUAUUUCGACCUGCAGAUAUACACACUCGCAUUACCUUCAUACGCUCAUGCAAUAUUAAGUAAAAUUGAUCCAGACGACAAAUUAUUUAAGAAUCGAAUUUUCUCACGUACAGCAGAAGAUUUUGCAAUGCUUCGCGAAGAAGCAAUGCGAAACAGAACAGAUAUUGUUCAUAAAAAGAACAUUAAAAAACUAUUUCCAUAUUCAGAUAAAUUAGUUUUAGUUCUUGACGAUUCUCCUGAAGUCUGGUACUGUGAUGACAAUAAACUGUUUAAAGGACUCGUUCAAAUCAAGCGUUAUUCAUACUUUACGAGACAAGGUCCGAAUUUUCCUCCUACAGUUAAUCCUGAUUACGUUGAAGAUGAUAUAUUGAUCCAGAUGCGAUCAGUUCUUAUCGAAGUUCACGAUUUGUUCUACAAAAACUACGAUCCAGAACAAUCCCAUGUAAUUAUGACUCUUCAUCAACGGAAAGCCCAAGUUUUUGAAGGAAAAACAUUUUAUUUCUCUGGUCUUUCAGAUGCAGACGCCAGAUCCUUCACUUAUCUUGCAGAAGAAUUUGGAGCAUUAGUUGUUGACUCAUUUACACCAUAUACAACACAUAUAAUAGUAGGAGAAGGUGGUGCAGACGAGGAAGUUCAAAAAGCUCUGAAAUACAAUGGAGUUUACGUGAUUUACUUGAAAUGGCUUUUUGAAUGUUUCAUUCAAUACGCGAGAUUAGAAGAAUCAACAUAUGCAGCCGUAGGAAUUCCAUGUCCAACAGAUGGCCCAGAUGAAUUACAAGAGCAGCCUGAAGCUGAAGUUUCUUCCGGAGAUUUCGAUUUCGGUAUGGAUGAAGCAGAAGAUAAAGAACCAAGUCGAAACGUUCAAAGACUAACAUACGAUGACAUUAAAGAUGAUCCAGACUGGAUGACAAAAAUUAUGGAAAUAGAAACUGAUUCAGAGGCAGAAAAUGAAGAAGAGGAAGAAGGAGGAUGCCUCUGUAGAUAUGGAAAUGAUGAGGAAGAAGGUGGAGAAGAAGAUUGUGCUUGCGAAGAAGAAUAG